AUGUGUUCACCAUUAUGCAAUGACGUCAACAUUAUUCAAGUACAUAGUGGUGUAGUUCACACCACGAUUUCUUCUCCUCAACUUGGCACGGCAGCGAAGUUCGCUAUCCUUGCCGGCAGCACAGUGAGUAAUGCGGGCCUUAAUACACUAGUCACAGGUGACAUUGGUAAUAGUCCAGGUGGGGCAUUUACUGGUUUCAGUAAUAAAAGUUUCAUUGGUACAGUAUCGCUGGGGCUAGGUACGAAUGCUACGCAAGCUAAAACAGACUUGGCUCUAGCUGUCCGUCAAGCAGUAGAAGCACCGCAAUCUGCAUCCUUGACUGGUGUUGAUCUAGGUGGUCUUACACUGCAACCUGGUAUGUAUAAAUUUGCCAGUACAGCAUCAAUAGCUGCACCCAGUGCUCAGUUGACAUUAAGUGGUUCGGGAGUGUUCAUAUUUCAAAUU